UUUUCAUUUUAGAAAAUGAUCUUUUGGAGGUAUCCAACACACAAGGUACAGAACUGGCCAAGAAUAGGGAUAACCCCAAAGAUAUCUUACAAAUCUCUGCAAAAGAAAUUAAAGCACUUCAUUGAUCUCGAUAAAGAUCUCACCAACCUGACCCUGUCACAGAUUGACUCACUUAUCUGGUGGACUCAGCAGGCACUUAACAGCCUUAAAGGAUAUCAGUCGAAAGUUUAUGACAAAACUGUGAGGACAACUAACUGCACUAUGCCGCUAGUGCCAACAAACGGGGGUUUGGUGUGUGCUUACUUAGAUAACGCUUACUUCUGCAAACCAAUGUGUGAUCAGGGCUAUGAUUUUUCAUUUUUAAGGAGAAGUAGGUUGUAUGAAAUAUGUGGACGACAAACUGGGUUUUCAUGGACAUCUCAGUAUGUUGGUGGAAAUAGACUUGCUGAAUGUACAGCUGCAGAUGUUGCUAUAAGCGGACAAUCCUCUGCAUAUUUCAAGAAUAAAAAGUGUCAAGAAGCCCUCAGCAUGGGGAUAGAAGAUACAUAUAUAAAUGAAUUUAUAAAGGAGCUGGAGGAAAAUGGUGAUCAGCAUCCCGAAUGGGAACCGCCAUCUGAAAGCUAUGCGUUUUUGUCUGAGGUGAUCUGUGAGAGGUUUUAGGGCACGCCUCUUGUUGAGAGUAGCCGGGGCCAGAUCUUGAAGAUGGUUUGGGGUGAGCUGGACCGCAGAGUGAAGGCAAAAGGGCCAACAAG